CUUUCUGAUGUUGUAGGAAUCACGGUGGAAACAUGGCGACUACCUCUUCUGCGGGAGGCUGCUCUGGGGCUUCGGGGCCUGGAAACCCUGGAGGGGCAACAGGACUUACCGCUACCAUCACCGGCACCAUGAACAAGAAAAAGAAGCCGUUCUUGGGAAUGCCUGCUCCUCUAGGAUAUGUGCCGGGUCUAGGGAGAGGUGCCACAGGUUUCACCACCCGUUCGGAUAUUGGUCCUGCCCGUGAUGCUAACGAUCCUGUCGAUGACCGCCAUGCACCCCCAGGGAAAAGAACUGUGGGAGACCAAAUGAAGAAAAAUCAAGCAGAUGAUGAUGAUGAAGAUUUAAAUGACACCAAUUAUGAUGAGUUUAACGGGUAUGCUGGCAGUCUGUUCUCCAGUGGUCCUUAUGAAAAGGAUGAUGAGGAAGCUGAUGCAAUAUAUGCUGCUUUGGACAAACGAAUGGAUGAGAGGCGAAAAGAGAGGAGGGAGCAGAGGGAAAAGGAGGAGAUAGAGAAAUAUCGUAUGGAGAGGCCAAAAAUACAGCAGCAAUUCUCUGAUCUAAAGAGAAAACUAGCAGAAGUGACAGAAGAAGAGUGGCUGAGCAUUCCAGAGGUAGGAGAUGCACGUAACAAGCGCCAAAGGAACCCGCGCCAUGAGAAGCUUACUCCUAUUCCUGACAGCUUCUUCGCCAAACACCUUCAGACUGGGGACAGUCACACCAGUGUAGAUCCGCGCCAGAAUUUUGGAGGUUUGAACACACCUUUUCCUGGAGGUUUGAAUUCCCCAUAUCCAGGAGGAAUGACCCCUGGACUGGUGACUCCUGGAUCUGGAGAUCUGGACAUGAGGAAGAUUGGUCAGGCUAGGAACACACUGAUGGACAUGAGAUUAAGCCAGGUUUCUGACUCUGUUAGUGGUCAGACUGUUGUGGAUCCUAAAGGGUACCUCACGGACUUAAACUCCAUGAUUCCUACACACGGAGGGGACAUCAAUGAUAUAAAGAAAGCUCGUCUGCUAUUAAAGUCUGUGCGUGAAACAAAUCCCCACCACCCUCCAGCUUGGAUUGCCUCUGCCCGUCUGGAGGAGGUUACUGGCAAGCUGCAAGUAGCUAGAAAUCUGAUCAUGAAAGGGACAGAAAUGUGUCCAAAGAGUGAAGAUGUAUGGUUAGAGGCAGCCCGUCUGCAACCAGGUGAUACAGCCAAGGCUGUGGUUGCUCAAGCAGUACGUCAUCUCCCGCAGUCUGUGCGCAUCUAUAUUAGAGCUGCAGAACUCGAGACAGAUCUCAGAGCCAAGAAGCGGGUCCUGCGUAAAGCUCUUGAGCAUGUUCCCAACUCUGUGCGUCUGUGGAAGGCAGCUGUAGAGCUGGAGGAGCCAGAGGAUGCUAGGAUCAUGCUGAGUCGUGCUGUGGAAUGCUGCCCAACUAGUGUAGAGCUAUGGCUGGCUCUUGCCAGGCUUGAGACCUAUGAGAAUGCCCGUAAAGUGCUUAACAAGGCUCGAGAGAAUAUUCCCACAGACAGACACAUUUGGAUAACUGCCGCAAAGCUUGAAGAGGCCAAUGGCAACACGCAGAUGGUGGAGAAAAUUGUAGACAGAGCUAUUACUUCCCUGAGAGCCAAUGGUGUGGAGAUCAACCGUGAGCAGUGGAUCCAGGAUGCAGAGGAAUGUGACAAAGCAGGCAGCGUUGUAACUUGUCAGGCGGUGAUCAGGGCAGUGAUUGGUAUUGGCAUAGAAGAAGAAGAUUGUAAACACACAUGGAUGGAAGAUGCAGAUAGUUGCGUCUCUCAUGGAGCCUUGGAAUGUGCACGUGCUAUUUAUGCUCAUGCUUUACAAGUUUUCCCCAGCAAGAAGAGUGUGUGGCUCCGAGCAGCUUAUUUUGAGAAGAACCAUGGGACCAGAGAGUCCCUGGAGACCCUCCUGCAGAGAGCAGUUGCCCACUGUCCAAAAGCUGAAGUCUUGUGGCUAAUGGGAGCCAAAUCAAAGUGGUUAGCAGGUGAUGUUCCAGCUGCCAGGAGUAUCCUUGCUCUGGCUUUCCAGGCCAACCCAAACAGUGAGGAGAUCUGGUUAGCAGCCGUCAAGCUGGAAUCUGAAAACAAUGAAUAUGAAAGGGCACGGAGGUUGCUUGCCAAAGCUAGAAGCAGUGCAGCUACUGCCAGGGUGUUCAUGAAGUCUGUGAAGUUGGAGUGGGUCCUGGGGAAGAUUGCUGCUGCGCAGCAGCUCUGUGAUGAGGCUCUUGAGCACUACGAGGACUUCCCCAAGCUAUGGAUGAUGAAGGGACAAAUAGAAGAGCAGCAGCAGGAAAUAGAAAAGGCUAGAGAUGCAUAUAACCAAGGGCUGAAGAAGUGCCCUCACUCCUCCCCCUUGUGGCUACUGUUAUCCCGGCUGGAGGAGAAGGUUGGGCAGCUGACUAGGGCUAGAGCUAUUCUAGAAAAGGCUCGACUGAAGAAUCCCAAAACUGCAGAGCUGUGGCUCGAAUCUGUGCGCCUGGAGUUCAGAGCAGGACUGAAGAACAUUGCAAACACAUUAAUGGCCAAAGCUCUACAAGAGUGUCCCAACUCAGGUAUUCUUUGGUCAGAAGCUGUGUUCUUGGAAGCCAGGCCUCAGCGCAAGACAAAGAGCGUGGAUGCCCUAAAGAAGUGUGAACAUGACCCACAUGUGCUUCUAGCUGUGGCCAAACUCUUCUGGAGUGAGCGCAAAAUAACAAAGGCUCGAGAGUGGUUUCACCGAACUGUAAAGAUAGAUUCAGAUCUCGGAGAUGCUUGGGCUACAUUCUACAAAUUUGAGCUUCAACAUGGCACUGAGGAACAACACGAGGAGAUCAGGAAACGAUGUGAGAAUGCAGAACCUCGUCACGGUGAGCUGUGGUGCCAGGGAUCUAAGGACAUAAUGAACUGGCAGAAGAAGAUUGGUGAAAUUCUUACCUUGGUGGCCGCCCAGGUCAAGAACGCCUUCUGAGUCACCUCGCCUGUCCUCUGACACUCUCAUUUUAGAAUAUGUAUAUAUUUUUUACUUCUUAAGUUACCCCUAUACUAUGAAGUAUCUCACAUCGGGUCAAGCAGGAAUGGUCCGUCUGUUUUAUGACUUGGAGCCCAGGGUAUUAUUUUGGAUUUUCUGUGAAAAUUCUACAUAGUUUAACUGCUAUGUGCAAAAAAAUAAAAAGACUGGGAAAAAUAAACAGUUUGUAAAACAGGCUGUUGUGCUGCAGGACUUAUUUGAAAGAGUGUAAUGCAGUUGGUGUAAAGCAAAACUUUGCUGGUGACCAACAUUUCAUCUCUGACACUUUGCUCAGCAUCAUGAACUUUACUGCAGUACAUUGAUACUUUUAUAGGUUUUGUUUUUUUUGGCUUAUUUUAAACGUGAUAUUGUGAUGUGACUAUAGCAAAUACAGAGCUUUAUGUA